GUUUGCGUUUUGGCGCGUGCCCUUGACAAAAGCCAUCCCCAACUCCUCUCCGAUCUGGGCUUUUGAACAGGUUCCCCGCCCCAGAUUUUCUCUUGUUCUGUUUCUUGUCUUGAGCCGAUUUCGUGUUAAUUUUAGGAAAGCAUGGAUUGUGGACAAAGACGACGCGAGUGGGGAACUCGUAGGACAGAGCCUACUUACCUAGCACUAUCAUUACACAUCUCGCUGCCCAGGAUGGGUAAUGAUGCUCAUGGCCCAUGAGGCCAUGCGUUUCCGUCUACUAUCGUUAGGCCUCGAAGCAGUCAAACGCCACUAAAAAGUGGGAUCCCCAAUCCUUAUAGCUACUCUUUGACGACAAGCACGGCGUCAGCAUUUUUUGACCCGAGAAAAGCAACUCGGGUUCCCCAUUUACCAUUGGGUGCCGAAUCUGUGCAUUAUCGUAGUAGUAGACGGUUAAAAAGGAAAGGCGAACGUGCCUGAUGCCCCGCCUGCCCCCUCAAUUCAAAACGUAGAAAUCAGCGCCUAAUUUGCAAGUUCGGCUGGUCUCGCGUAUUUUAUCUUGCCUUGAAGCCUGUUGUCCAUAAGGAAUUCCACUCGCAGUCAACGGACUGAGCAGAGUGAACGGACGUUAACGGACGUAACAGGACCAAACGGACGCAGGCGCAGACUGAACAACGGACUGCAAGUCAAAGGCGCCCUCAACCGGCGCCGUCAACGAACGCAAACUGGUCGACCCUUCCCCUGUUUCUUGAAACAAGUGACGGGACGACUACGACGACGGCAAGAGCAUCACCUACCGCCGUCUCUUUCGAAAGGCUAGCUGUGAAUUGACAACCAAAAAAAUUGGAACACUUGUGCAAGUGUUCUUAAAGACCGGUUGGAAUUCUCCUGGCUGAGGAUUCUCUUUUCUGACAGAGGCCGGAUUGAAUGCAUUAAGGGCACUUCGUGCAUUCCAAGUCAUUUUGCUAGAGUUCGAUUCCCUGUGGAUGCAAUCCCUGUGUGGUUGCUUUAUUUAUUUUCUCUCUGAAACCCAUCAAAGAUCGAAUUGGGAUGUCCCUCGCUCUCGCUGCUCUCAACAACGCUCCCACGACUGGAUCCUCUCCAUCGUCGUCGUCCUCACUGUAUCAAACGAAUCGACUGUCUAUUCCACAUUUGACGAUGACCGAUUCCUAUUCGCAUCCUGCCCCCAUUCUUCAAGAUAUGUACUCUUUCCGCCCUCAUUCCUCCUAUCAUUCCUCGCACCUCCCAGACACGACUACAAACACAACCAGCAAGGUGAUUCUGCCCGCAUUUCAACGCUCAUUUGACACGACACAUUCCUACACCUCUCAACGGCAUCAUCACACGCAUUCGUCUCCUCCGCUUGGAUCGCAUUCUCAGCCACAGCAAUUGCAGACGCCCCACCACACACCUCAGUCGGCCUUUGGAACCUAUGAUCCUGCACUCAACGUCAACUAUCCAGAUGCAUCUAUAUUUUCUUCCGCGGCUUCAUCCUCUUCAGCCUAUACCCAUCCAUCGCAUCACCAUCAACAACAUCAAACACAUUCUCAUCAUCAUCACUCCCAACAACAACAACAACAGCAGCAACAGCAACAGCAACAGCAACAACCACAACAUCAUUCCCAUCAUCAGCAUUCUCACAUGUCCAUGAUACCCUCGGAUCCUCUCAUGUAUCCAACGCCGUCAGCUGGUGCAGGUGCAAGUCCAUUUACACUCCCGUAUUCGCGCAUCUACUCGCAUCAUGCGUCUCCCCAACAACAACCCAAUAUCCCUCCUGUUCCCCAAGUACAAGGUCAACAAUCCUACCGGUAUAACCCCCGUCUCACCCCACUGCCAGACGGCUACACUCCAUACGAUCCUCACACCUUUAAAUCAGCCCUCUUGAACCAAACAUUCGACACCAAAGAUCCCGCAAUAGAAUACAUAAAGACCGUGGCGAAAAACUUUGGUUUCACCGUCCUGGUGCGUACCUCUAAACCCGAUUACGUGGUCGUGAUUUGUAAUUGUGGGAGACGCCUCAAGAGAUUAAAGGGCGAACGGAAACGGAAUCGGAGGUUCAAGACGGCUAUGACGGGGUGUGAGUGGCGAGUUGUCUUGUUCAGGAGUGGUGGUAAAAAGUGGGAGUUUCGGGCAACCCCUAAAAUGGAGCAUAAUCAUUCUUUACCUGUAAUUGAUGGUGGGCCUUGAACAUCAACAUAGGAGCAGGUUGUGGAAGGGAUGGUGGUGGGACGGGAAUAGAAUGGAUUGUACCAGUCUGUGUGUUGUAUGUGUGUGUGUGUUUUCUUUGGUGUGUGAAAACGCAAAACCAGUAGCCCAAAGUCAUUUAUUUUCACACUUUAUAAUGUAUUUUCUCAUGUGGAUAUAGUAGUUAGCUAUCAUUAAAACCGUUGUUUUUGAAUAACACGGUUGAUACCUUGAAUAACAUGGUUGAUACCGUUUUUUUUUUGUCCUGA